CGAAGCUGCGGCAUUGCUCUUCCAGCAAAUGAGGAUCUCUCUUUCAGUCCGUGAUCAACAGGUGGGCGAAGAAUGAGUAACGCUGCAAGCUACUCCGUCUUUUGGAAUUGUCUACGGCGUAUACUGCGACCGGAACACCAUGCCAAGUGGUGGUACUCAACCGUUCACAUCGUGACGGCCAUGGUAGGAGCCGGAGUUCUGAGCCUUCCGUCGACAAUGGUCUACCUGGGAUGGGCUCCUGGAAUGAUGAUGCUGGGCGUUUCGUGGAUAAUCACACUGGCUACCAUGUACCAAAUGAUUGAGAUGCACGAGGACGAGUCAGGGAGACACGACACUUACCAGUGUCUCGGCCGGAAAGCAUUCGGGGACAGGCUUGGCAAUCUCAUUGUUGGCUCGCAGCAGAUCGUAGGUCAGGUGACCACCAACAUUGCUUACUUGGUAACUGGAGGCCAGGCGCUUAAAAGGUUCGGGGAUCUUGUUCUGAGUCGCGAGAUUCACUACGGGAAGUUUGAGCCUGCUGUGUUAUGGAUAUCCGCGUUUGCUGGAGUUCAAGCGGUGCUGUCGUUGUUUGCCAGUUUCUCGUCCAUGACAAUCGUCUCUCUGAUAGCCUCCAUCAUGUCUUUCAGCUACUCAACUAUAGUUUGGGCAACAGCUAUCCGGCUUAAGAGUUCGCAAGCAUCGUAUGGCUACUGCAACUUGACAUACUACAAAGCCUUUAAUGCACUCGGAGAGAUUGCGUUUGCCUACGGAGGCCACAGCAUUGCUCUCGAGAUCCAAGCGACGAUGAGAUCGACGAGGCACAAGCCGUCUAAGCUACCAAUGUGGAAUGGAGUUUUGGUGGCCUAUGUCAUGGUUGCCGUUUGCUAUUUCCCAGUCGCUGGAGUUGGCUACUGGGCUCUCGGCAACUUGACUUGCUACGAAAACGUUCUGGACGUCCUCGACAAACCAAAGUGGCUGAUAGGAACAGCCAACUUGAUGCUUAUGCUGCACCUCACAGGGAGUUACCAGGUUUUUGCUUUGCCGAUUUACGAGGGACUGGAGCAAAAGAAUAUGCCAAUCAAUGCUUUGAUUAGGCCUCUUUACGUAGGAUUUACGUGUUUGGUUGCGGUGAUCCUACCUUCGUUUUCCGGGCUUCUGGGAUUAUUCGGUGGGCUCGCUCUUGGACCAACAACGUAUUUCUUGCCGUGUAUAAUGUGGCUAAGCAUCAAGAAGCCAAGAGUCCUUGGUCUUGAGUGGCUUUUAAAUUGGGCAUGCAUUUUGUUUGGCGUCGUCCUCACGAUUGUGUCGGCAAUUGGAAGCAUCGUAAAUCUCAAACACGGCUUCGAAGAGCAAAAUCUCAAAGUAUUCUACUUCCCGCGAUUGCAGCAGUGCAGCUCGACCUCAACAAACGCAAGCUGUCCCGUGCGGCAUUGAAUUCCCCUCGCUUGAUUCUCCAGGCUCCAGCUAGCGCUCUGCAAUGACAAGUAUUUCGACGAUAAUAUUUUCAUCAAGUACUUUGCAUGUGCCCCUCUGACUGUUUGGAUUUAGUAGAGUCUCCGCUACGAGUACAGUUUCAACUUGCGUGCUUAACGUGGGCGAAAUGCAACAAAGUAGCAUUCGUC